AUGGCUCCCCCUCCGAGCCCUAUCAUCAUCGACGCCCAGGCCGUUUCUGGCAUCACGGGCUCGAUCUCUAUCGCAUGCUGGAUAAUUGUGUUUGCCCCGCAGAUCUACCAAAAUUUCAUGCGCUCUAGCGCAGAAGGCCUCUCGCUAAUGUUCGUGGUGCUCUGGCUGCUUGGCGAUCUGUUCAACGUGGUGGGCGCCAUUUUGCAAGGAGUCUUGCCCACGAUGAUCGUUUUGGCCAUCUACUACACCCUGGCCGAUGUGGUGCUGCUUUGGCAGUGUCUGGUGUACGGACACGGCAAAGCAGAACAUGUCGACCCCAUCCACCUUUCCCCGGCCAAUCCUCUCUCUGACCACGAACCGCUGCUCGAAAACGUCAUCAGCCGCGGUGAGGACGACACCCCAGACACCACAGGCGACGUUGGAAGCUUCAACGACAUCGACGGCGUCAACAUGAACGUCUCGCCGCAAGAACGUAGCAGAGAGCUGUUCUACAACCUGCUCAUGGUUCUGCUUGUGGUGAUUGCUGGUUUCGGCGGAUGGUUCUUUGGCGGGUCCAAAGGAGACGAUGUGCCGCCGCCAAGCGACAAGGACCUUGUUUUCAACCCGCUGGCCCAGAUCUUUGGAUGGUUCUGUGCUGCUCUGUAUCUGGGCUCGCGGAUCCCGCAGAUCUUGCUCAACUACGAGAGAAAGUCGUGCGAGGGCAUCUCGUUCAUGUUCUUCCUGUUUGCAUGUCUCGGUAACAUCACCUACGUUGUUUCCAUCCUCAGUGUCAGCACUGGAAGCAGAUACCUGUUGGUAAACUCUUCGUGGCUAGCAGGUUCCAUGGGCACGCUUGCGCUCGAUUUCUGUAUCUUUGUGCAGUUCUUCCUCUACAAACACGAGGAGGACCUUCAGGAACUCGACUUCGAGGACGAAACAGCGCCAAUUGCUUCGUCCACCAGAUCCUACGACGCAGCCUAG